GGCGCCGCUCCUCCUGGCCGGCGUGGCGGACGCCGACUGCUUCGACUACUGCUUCAAGGACUGCAUCGCCAAGGACAAGAACAUGAUCGACUACUGCAACUACGCCUGCGACAAGACCUGCUACGCGGGCACGCCCCAGCGGCCCUUGGCGGCGGCUGCCGCCCCCGGCGACAUGGGAUGCCAGCUCUCCUGCGCCAGGACUUCCUGCCACCGUCUGGAUCCAGACCGCGAGGCCGCUGAGGCCUGCUCCGGGCAGUGCUAUGACGGCUGCAAGACCAAGACUCUGCCGAGGCCUCUCCGCGCCGGCGCCGGCAUGCCCACCACGUUAGGCCCGGUGCUCGCCGACCUUCCUUCAUCCGAGCCGGACCCAGAUGACGCCUUUCCUUCAUCCGAGCCGGAUCCAGAUGACGCCCUUCCUUCAUCCGAGCCGGAUCCAGAUGAUGCGGUGCGUGCGUCGUCAGAGGCGCCCGAACAUGAGGCGAUGGGGCCACGUCCACCGUUUUCGGAGAUCCACGCUGCUCCUCCGGCGUCCGCGUGACAAGAAUACCUCGGCGUACGGCCGUGACAGUUAGCAUUGGCCGACCAAUCGAUAUGUAAGCGCGAUCACCAGGUGCGGAGGGAUUAGCGCAUCGACCAAAAAGCCGCGUGCUAAUGGGUGUACACGUACUGUAUUAUUUAUAACACUGCUGAAUGAAGUGUCUUAGGCUACUUGUAACGGGAAGUUCUCCGUAUCAAUAUAGUGUACGGGUUUGCUAAACUCAGCUAACCGAGAUUAAAUCUGGUCUCAUUCAGUGGGCCAUCUAGAAUUACAAAAUUUAAAGAACUUGCUGAUUUAGAAAA